AUGGAUGGACAGCGAAAUUUGUUAAGCGACCACACUUUGAAAAACCUCGGCAUCCUGAAGAUUGGACCAGAAGUAAACGAAAUCACGGACACAACGAAGCUGAUGAACUCACCUUUCCCCAAGAUUAAGGGAGUUCAAGUUCGGGUGCACAUGGAUCCCAAAGUGACUCCAGUUUUUCAGGCACUACGGCGAGUUCCCCUCCCACUCGAAAAUGCAGUUUCCGAGAAGCUGGAUGAAAAAGGACCGGCGUCAUGGGUGUCACCAUUAGGAGUGGCGAAUAAGACUAACGGAACAAUAAGACUGUGCGUGGAUCUAAGAUGA